AUGUUUAAUGCAUCGGCUUUACCUACAGGAAACACCACAAAUUCAAUAACGAUCGAUUUGGCCUGGUUUACAAUCGCCAAUGCGACAAUUUUAACCAACUUUGGUAUGGCCCUAAUUAUUUUAUCAAAGCAACUUAACAAGACCGUUAAUAUAACUGUUUUAACUAGCAUGUCAUUUGUUGGUAUGUUAUUUGCUAUUAUUUACCUAUAUCCUCGAUUGGUUAUACCUGAUCUUAAUGAUAUAAGUCCACUACUAUGCAGUAUUUUACCUCAAAUUGGACAUUUUACAAUCAUCAAUUUAAAUUUUCAUGUCUGCCUUAUUAGUUUAGAUAAAUUUUAUUCUGUAUCGGCACCAUUUUCUUAUCAAAAGCAUGCUACUGUCAAGAAAGCUAUUGUAGCUAUCGUAGUAAUAUGGUUUAUCUCAGUUGUGAUAACAACUUUACCAUUAUACACUUUUCGUAAUAUUCAUGAGUCUCAUAAAUGCAUAUCUUACUCAAGCGAUCUUCAAGCUGAACUUAUAUUUCAACUAUUCAUUUAUAGCACUUUCUUUUUCUUACCUCUGUUGAUUAUAAUCGUGGUUUAUGGUAGGUUAAUUAUGAUAUCCUGUAAAAUAACAAGUAAAUCAAUGACUAUUACAGUUGUUAGUCGUCAAUGUAAUCAAUCUCAUUCUAGACGAGCGAUAUCUACUAGAAACAUUGUUAAAAAUCGUAAAGCAAUUGUACAAACAGCUGUUAUAAUCGGUAUCUUCAUAGUAUUACAAACACCAUUUGUUAUAGCUUUCCUAGUUAUUCAACUGGAUUUACAUCCUUCAGAAUCAGAUGUACUAGCUAUUAAAAUAACACGAUUUUUGGCAUUUUCCUAUCCAGGAAUUAAUCCUUUGGUAUAUGCCUACUAUACAGCCGAUAUUAAGAGUGCGAUCACUAGAAUAUUUCAUCGAUCGUUGCUGCCAUCACAACAGCAGCAUCGUGUAUCCAAAAGUUUUGCUAUGACGCCGUCAACUACCCUUCAAUUAAUGGCGUCAAUAGAGCACGGUCGUCAAGAUAAGGCCCUCUAG